UCAUGUGAUCUUACAGCGGGGUAUGAAAGAAAGCCUUUUACAUGCGCUGGAAGCAGUCCUCAGAGGUUGGCAUGCGGUAAAAAGACACACCAGAUUCCUCUUCAGCUCGGUGAGUCUUGCUUGAACUGAACAGAUACGCGUGGAUGUGAUGUAUCCAGGCUUGUGUUAGAGGCUUCACAAAGUCUGAUCAUGGCAUAAUCAUCUGACUUCUCAUCGGGACAAGUGGAGGGGAACAGAAGAGGUUACAGUUCUGCGGUUUUGGUCAUGGAUCAUCAAACCUCCGGGCAGCUUAAUCAACCGAGCCACGCCUCGAGUUUUCAGUGGCUCUCUUUUGCCUACCAGGGCCUCACAGAAAUCCCUUAUGAAACCAUACUAACGCAGACAGACUCGCUGGAGGUGCUGGACCUGAGCUACAAUCUGCUGGAUGACCUCAGCAGCUCUACUUCAGCGUGUUCUCCUUCAUUCAGUUCUUAUUGGAACCCGGCUCUGUUGGGGCGGCUGGAGAAGCUCAGCACUCUGAUCCUGGACUGCAACAACUACACGUCUCACGUCAAGUUUCCCUACAUGCCGAGCGUCACCACGCUGUGCAUCAACAAGAACAAGAUCAACAACCUGCCUGUGUUUACGGAGGAGGUCAGGCGAAAGUUCCCCGGCAUCAAGAUCCUUAGUAUGAUGAACAACGAGGCAGCACCGAGCUAUUUCAACGGAGGAAGUCUGACCCAGUAUAUAGACUACAGGUGAGCAUU